GGUUGUGGGGUCCUUCGCUGGAGGUGACAUUCAUUGAAGGGUCUCGGUUUGUGGACGGUGCACAAAACUUCGCAGCAAUACAAAUAAUGGCACAAGCAGUACAGAAACUUGUGGCUAAAGUACCAACUUUGGUCGGUGCCGCUGUGAGCUACUCCAAGCCCCGACUGGCCACUUUCUGGUAUUACGCCCGCGUGGAGCUGGUGCCUCCGAGCCCCGCCGAGAUCCCCAAGGCCAUCAGUGGUGUCCAGGAUCUCCUAAAGGGCUUUCAGUCAGGACGGCUCGGUCAGACCACAGUCAGGGAUGCUGUAAGGAAUGGACUUGUUGCCACAGAAGUUCUAAUGUGGUUCUACAUUGGGGAGAUCAUUGGCAAGGGAGGCCUUAUAGGCUAUGAUGUAUAAGUCUGGACUGUCCUUUCUGCUUGUUCUCUUUGCUGAGUUUUGUCUGUUCUCUUCACUAUUUUAAUUCUUGGAAUCCAGGAACUAAAUAAAUGCUUGAAUUAAUUGAAA